CGAGGAUUAGAAGUGGGAUGCUGACUUUGUGAAUCAGCAAGAUGUCACGGAAACUAUGGAAUGGAAGCACCGGGAACAGGUUAUCUGGGAUGGGAUAUUCUGCUUUGAAGACUGCUGCAAGUGAAUAUGACGAAGGUGGAAUAAUCGAGUGAUAGCUGGUGGAGGCGUUGUGUGUACACAUGCUGGUCACUGUCAGGGGCAGCUGAGGAAGGACAGGAUGUAAGCAGAUGCUGGGACAAGAUUCUUCCCUCAGUCUCCGCCUCACCCCUGCUGCAGACAGCCCUGACUCCUGGCCUUGACACCUCCAGCUGGGACCAGCUUCCCCUGAGACUACUGCCUUCCUGUGUGAGGACGGACUUACCGACUCGGAUGACGAGGUGCUGUUUGAUAUGCAGUACACAGAAGAACAGGAGGAUGAUGGGAAGAAAGAAAAGGUCAAGGACACAUUCACUGUGGAGGAGGCGGUGGAGUCAAUUGGAAUCGGCUGGUUCCAGUUAAGACUCUUUGUUGUCUGCGGAAUCAUCACGGCUGCAGAUGCCUUGGAAAUGUUGCUUCUUGCAGUUCUCUCCCCUGCCUUGAGAUGUGAGUGGAGUCUGGAACACUACCAGGUGGCACUGCUCACAACGGUGGUGUUUCUUGGCAUGGGAAUAAUGUCACCAAUUUUUGGAAUGUCUGGAGACAAGAUUGGCAGGAAAAUGACUCUGUUCAUAGUGGUGGUGUGGAUUGGAUACUUCGGGAUGUUGACUUCUGCCAGUCCCAGCUACACUUGGAUCCUCAUUCUACGGAGUUUGGUCGGCGCCGGAAUGGGGGGCUCACCCCAGGGGUUUGCCUUGCUGGCGGAGUACGUCCCAUCCAAGUAUCGAGCCAGACUGCUUAUAUCAGGCCAGAUAUUCUGGGCGUCUGGCAGCAUGUUUGAGAUGUUCCUCGCGUCAGUGGUGAUCCCCACGCUGGGCUGGCGAUGGCUGCUGGUUUUGUCUGCUAUUCCCAUUGUUAUGGCCUUGUUCUUUCUCUGUUUUAUCCCUGAGUCUGCCCGGUUCCUGGUUGCAGCCGGUCGGCAUGACGAGGCGCUAGCAGCGUUACAGCGAGCUGCCAAAAUAAACAAAACAUCUCUACCCAAGGGGAGAUUAGUACAAACAGAAGCUGUGGAGGUGGAGCGUGGCAAGUUUUCUGACCUGUUCAACAAGAACUACCUCCGCUCGACCCUGCAGCUCUGGUUGCUGUGGUUUGGGACGGCCUUCUCAUACUACGGCAUGGUGCUAGCAAGCGCUGAGAUCCUGCGAGUAGAAAAUGAAAAAUAUAGUGAUGUGUGUUCGUGCAAUUACCUGACGGCUGAUGAUUACAGGACGAUGAUUAUAUCAACACUAGGAGAAUUCAUAUGUUUGCCAGUGAACUGGCUGCUGAUUGACCGGGUUGGUCGUCGGAUCACAGGAACAGUGAACCUAUCUGGGUGCGGUCUAUUCUUCAUCCUCCUCCAGAUCCCCGUGUCCAGGAGCGUCCUCACCGGCUUCAUGUUUGCUGUCCGAGGUUUCUCUGCCGCCACCUUCAACUGGAUAUAUAUAUACUCAUCAGAGGUGUACCCGACGUCUAUACGCACGCUGGGCAUGGGCACAGCCUCUUCCUGGGCCCGCGUCGGGGCGAUGAUCACCCCAUUUGUAGCACAGGUCCUCCUGGCAGCAUCCAUCAUUGCAGCAACAUGGCUGUACGGCUUGCUUUGCUUUAUCUGUGCCAUCACGGCAUUUCUCCUGCCCAUAGAAACCAAGGACCGAAUAAUGCCGCAAACUGUGGCAUACAAACGGAUGAAGUGAUGUGACCUGAUGGCUUGUCUUCUCGGAGAAUACCUGUGCUUUGCUGACAACGACACAUGUUUCCAAGUGGAAACAAACUUUGUGAUCUUCAGACGGUUGUUAUUGAGCACGUCCAUUACAACCUUGACCUUACUUGACAAUGAUAGCUGACAACUAAUAUUCUAUUUGACCUGGUAGUAUUUCUACCGGAAGAUCUCGGAGUAUCUGUGUUGUUAUGAUAUCGGGAACAACGUGUGAAAAUACUUGUGAUAAACUUGACCUUGAGUAUAAAUGACCAUGGGUGACUACAUGUAUGGUUGAUUGUUGGUACAGAUGUAUAAACUCAGCUCGUGGAUGGCAUCCUCGUCCAUGUUAGAGCCAUCGGCUUCUGUGAACAGUAUCUGGUGCUUUCUUUGAUGUGGAGUUUCUGAUACUGAUUCCACUGUCUUUUAUAUAGAGUUUCUGAUACUGGAUCCACUGUCUUUUAUAUGGAGUUUCUGAUACUGGAUCCACUGUCUGUUCUAUGGAGUUUCUGAUACUGGAUCCACUGUCUGUUAUAUGAAGUUUCUGAUACUGGAUCCACUGUCUGUUAUAUAGAGUUUCUGAUACUGGCUCCCUAGUCUGUUAUAUAGAGUUUCUGAUACUGGAUCCACUGUCUUUUAUAUGGAGUUUCUGAUACUGGAUCCACUGUCUUUUAUAUGGAGUUUCUGAUACUGGAUCCACUGUCUGUUAUAUAGAGUUUCUGAUACUGGAUCCACUGUCUGUUAUAUAGAGUUUCUGAUACUGGAUCCACUGUCUGUUAUAUGGAGUUUCUGAUACUGGAUCCACUGUCUUUUAUGUCGAGUUUCUGAUACUGGAUCCACUGUCUUUUAUGUCGAGUUUCUGAUAUUGGAUCCACUGUCUGUUCUAUGGAGUUUCUGAUACUGGAUCUACUGUCUUUUAUAUGGAGUUUCUGAUACUGGAUCCACUGUCUGUUUUAUAGAGUUUCUGAUACUGGAUCCACUGUCUGUUAUAUAGAGUUUCUGAUACUGGAUCCACUGUCUUUUAUAUGGAGUUUCUGAUACUGGAUCCACUGUCUUUUAUAUGGAGUUUCUGAUACUGGAUCCACUGUCUUUUAUAUAGAGUUUCUGAUACUGGAUCCACUGUCUGUUAUAUGGAGUUUCUGAUACUGGAUCCACUGUCUUUUAGGUCGAGUUUCUGAUAUUGGAUCCACUGUCUUUUAUGUAGAGUUUCUGAUACUUGAUCCACUGUCUGUUCUAUGGAGUUUCUGAUACUGGAUCCACUGUCUUUUAUAUAGAGUUUCUGAGACUGGAUCCACUGUCUUUUAUAUGGAGUUUCUGAGACUGGAUCCACUGUCUUUUAUAUGGAGUUUCUGAAAGUGGAUCCACUGUCUUUUAUAUGGAGUUUCUGUGAUGGUCACAGGAUGCAUGGUAUCACCAUUUAAGCAUGUUUCACAAACUGAGAUUAUCUGUACAUUCAUGAAGAUCAUGUGAUUCUGUGAAAGAUACAUUUGAAUUAUACUGUAUUUGACAUAAUAAGCAUCCAGGGCGCUCUCAAAAUUAGAAAUAGGGGGCUCUUAUUAGAAUAUUAUUUUGGUGAAAAAAACAGAGUUGAAGAUAAAUUUUGUAGUUUAUGCUGGCAGCCUGAAAUGUUUUUAUACGACAGAUAUAUUUUUCCAGAAUUUAAUUGCCCAUAAUAAUUUACAUUGAUCAAUCGGAAGAGGUGCUAAUUGGGAUUGUUCACUAGCCAAUAUAUUAGUAAAUAUCGCCAUGGGCGCUUAUUAGAGUGGGGCGCUUAUUACGUCACAUACAGUAAUUAUGUUUGUUUUAUGCCUAUGUCGGCAAUAUUUUAGCUAUUCCUAUGACAAACAAACAAGACUAUGCCCUACAUUGAUACAUGAUUGGCCAAGAACCAUUUUAGUUGACUCUUUGGACGGUAUGAGGCACCCUAACCCUACCCUAACCCUAACCCUAACCCUAACCCUAACCCUAACCUUAACCCUCUCCCACAGUCCCCACAGGAUACUUGUUCAGUUACUCUUAUGAUCCAAGUAUCAUCAAGGCUCCGUUACCAUGGCUAAAGUGAGGCCUCAUAAGCCUGGACCGGUUGUUCUGGAAUCCCACCAUCACAUAUAUAGUCACAUUACUCUGCACCCAUGAACCCAUGAUUCGUUAAUCCGGAAAUUUAUUAAUCCUGAUGAUUUCACAAGGAAAGGUACUUUCUAUAUUAAUGAGUUUUCACUGUACUGAGAUGUCUUGUGAAUGAUAAGAUAGCCAAAUAUGUUGAAUAUGUCAUUUACUUUAUUGAUAUAUAAUGACGAUAAUGAAAUGUAAGUUGUGCUUUGCAUGUGGCAGUUGGUGUAAAUAAAUGUUACUUGAUAUAGGUAUCACCAGUUUUUACAGACAGCAGUGUAUAAACUGUUUAGCCAUGUGCAGAGUGUCUUCCAUCCAGCUAACCCUAACCCAGCCACUACCCAAAACCUUAACCCUAACCCAGCCACUACCCAAAACCUCAACCCUAACCCAGCAACUACCAAAAGCCUCAACCCUAACCCAGCCACUACCAAAAACCUCAACCCUAACCCAGCCACUACCAAAAACCUCAACCCUAACCCAGCCACUACCCAAAACCUCAUCCCUAACCCAGCCACUACCCAAAACCUCAACCCUAACCCAGCCACUACCCAAAACCUCAACCCUAAACCAGCCACUACCCAAAACCUCAACCCUUACCCAGCCACUACC